AUGAAUGUCGCAGUGGGCGGCAGCGAGCGAGUUCGAAAGCUUCUGUUACCCGUGGCUAACAGUUCCCGUGCGUACGUACACGCUCUGGCUCUGAUUUAAAUCUCUCCGAAAACGUCGGCCAACUCGCCGAGCGCCGAAAGUUUCUCUAGUCCUUCGGGAACGUCCGUCGUGUUCGGGGAAGGGAAAAAGAAAGAAAGAAAGAAAGAAAGAAAGAGAGAGAAAGAAAGUAAACCGAGAAGUGGAGGGGAAUAAAAAAAGGGGGGAUGCGCGUUCCUUUGUUCCGCGCAUUCCAGAGAGACCGGUCGUAAAUUUCCUUAAAACACCACGGCUCGAUCCCGUUUCCGAUGGGAUCUCAUCGCACAGUGAAACGCGCUGCGUCGCGUGGAAAUGCGCCUCCGUUCUCGUUACGUUUUUAAUUGAAACAGCCAUCUCCGAAACGCGAGAAACCGAUUCGCGCGAAUAUCUAGAGUCGUGAAUGUUGACUCGUGUGUAGUAGUAGGGAGAGAAAAAGAAAAGGACGAACGUAAAGAUUGUGACGAAAAGAUUGUGAAGAUCGGCGGAGCGGGGGAGGAGGGGAAGAAGGCCGUGAACAAUAAGUUUUCUGUGUAAAGAAAUCGUUUCCGCGCUGCCGAGUACAAUGAUCCCCGCCGAGUGGGAAUUCUCCAAUUCGAAUUGCAAUUUCAGAAAUGGCCUACGAGACAGUGGCAUGGCUGAACGCCGAUUUCACCGAGAAAGUGAUACAAUUGGCCGAGGUCGACAGCACCAUCAAAGUGAUCGAUGUAUCUGCGAAACCUGCCACCGCCGCCGGCGACAAUUACACCAGCGACAUGGUGAGAGUGGUGGCGGAGUUCACGCGGAAACAGGGCAAAGCUAAGGUCACCGAGAAGAAAUCGCUUUUGUUCAAGUUCGAGCCGAUAGACGAAGGACCGCGGAAGGAAAUG